GGCAUGGACGGAUUUUUAAAAUCAGACGAGAGACAAAGACUAGCUAAAGAAAGACGAGAAGAAAGAGAAAAAUGUCUGGCUGCCCGAGAGCAGCAGAUCCUAGAGAAACAGAAAAGAGCCAAACUCCAGUACGAAAAGCAAAUUGAGGAGCGAUGGCGAAAACUGGAAGAGCAACGUCAGCGGGAGGACCAGAAGAGGGCUGCUGUGGAAGAGAAGAGGAAGCAGAAGCUCCGGGAGGAGGAGGAGCGGCUGGAGGCGAUGAUGCGCAGGUCCCUGGAGCGCACACAGCAGCUGGAGCUGAAGAAGAAGUGUUCGUGGGCAGCUUCGCUGGCUGCAGGGCCCGGAGGACGUGAUGGUGAAUCAGAAAAUACCCCACCCCCUCUAGGCUUAGCAGCCACCACCCUCCCUCCGGAUGCAGGAGCCACUGUCACCACUGCCGAGCCCACCAACGCAUGUGACAAACUUUCAACAUCAGUCAUGAAUUUGCAAAAGCAGACGGAGCCUCCCAUGAGUAAACGCCUGUCUUCAUCCACUGCGGCAAUAACCCAUUCUCCAGACCGAGCUCCUGGUGGUCCUCUGAAAUCCCCCUACAAGUCUUCUCCUACUCGUAACACCGAGAAGAAGAUGAUCGCAUCUACAUCUGGCAUGGGAGAUGCUGGGAAAAAAGCCCCUACAGGAGCAGAGGCCUCUCAGAUGGAGAAGGUGAAGAGAGGACAGAGAGUGUCAGCUUCUUUUCCUGCCGUGGGCUUUGGGUCUCCUCUGAAAAGAUGCGACUUUCCUGGAGGUAUUUCUAAGAGACCAUCUUCUCCUGUGAUAUCCAAGACAACUUCCAAAGCAUAUCCGCAGUCUCCAAAGACAGCAAAGCCACUGUACCAAGGAUCUCCUGUGAGGUACCGCUUUCCCCCUACUCCCAGUGAAGAGACACUCAGGAAGAGAGAAAAAGAGAGGAGCAACAAGGAAAGAGAAGCCGCCUCAGGUCAGCAGGCUGCUGGCCCGCAUGUAGAGGAAGCCCCAGAGAAGCACGUGGCAGACAAGCAGGCCAGCGAGAAGCAUGCUGCCAUGGGAGGAAAGGCCGAGAGCAGCACAGCCUUGGGGAAGCCCACAGCAGGCACCACUGAUGCGGGAGAGGCUGCAAAGAUCCUGGCUGAAAAGAGACGCCAGGCCCGUCUGCAAAAGGAACAGGAGGAGCAAGAACGACUGGAGAAGGAAGAACAAGACAGGCAAAAGAGAGAAGAAUUGGAAAGAAAGGCAGAGGAGGAAAGGCUUCGCCUAGAAGAAGAAGCCCGUAAACAGGAAGAGGAAAAGAAGCGGCAAGAAGAAGAAAAGAAGCGACGGGAUGAGGAAAAGAAGAAGCAGGAAGAGGAAGAGAAAAGAAAAGCAGGAGAAGAGGCCAAACGGAAAGCUGAGGAGGAGCUAUUGCUAAAAGAAAAGCAAGAAAAAGAAAAGCAAGAAAAAGAACAGCAAGAAAAAGCCAUGAUUGAAAAGCAGAAAGAAGCAGCAGAAGCAAAGGCCCGGGAGGCAGCUAAACAGAUGCGUCUAGAAAGAGAACAGAUCAUGCUACAAAUUGAGCAGGAACGACUGGAGAGGAAGAAGAGAAUAGAUGAGAUUAUGAAGAGAACAAGGAAGAGUGAUGUGUCUCCAGAAGUGAAGAAAGAAGAUCAGAAAGUGGGGAUUCAGCCUACUGUGUGUGUGGAAAAUAAGAUAAAACCAGUUGUCCCCAACAAAAUAGAAAUCAAUGGGUUGAACACCUGCCAGGAAGUAAAUGGAGUGGGGCACGCUGCCCCAGAAACUUUUUCCCGAGACAUUUUCUCUAAUGGGCUUAAACCAGUUGGGGGACUUGUUCAUCUGGAUGCCCUGGAUGGGAAAUCAAACAGUCUGGAUGAUUCAACUGAAGAAGUUCAGUCUAUGGAUGUGAGUCCUGUUUCAAAAGAAGAGCUUAUCUCCAUCCCAGAAUUUUCACCAGUCAGUGAAAUGAUUCCUGGAGUGUCUCUGGACCAAAAUGGAACUGGUAAUGCCCGAGCACUUCAAGACCUCUUAGAUUUCACUGGCCCCCCCACGUUCCCCAAGAGAUCCAGUGAAAAUCUCAGCCUGGAUGACUGUAACAAAAACCUUAUCGAAGGAUUUAACAGUCCUGGCCAAGAAACUACUCUGAACACCUUUUGUUGACAAAAAUGGCAUCCUUUUAAUGAAAGGUCAUAUUUGGAGAACCCGUGAAGCUGUUGAUAGUCAAAUUGAAGCUGCCAGUCAUCUAAAGAAGCUUGUUGCUCUUAACCGCUGGAUUCCAAAUCAUUAGAUCUGAAUGUAACUGUAUUUCCUAGGUAGUAUGUCAAACACUGGUAACUCUUGGUAGACACCUUGAGACUUUUGCCUUGUUGGGCUUUAGCAGAGUUUCAUUUAUGGUUCUAUUUAUGAGCUUCAGCUGCUGAUAAAGCACUUCCUAUACUUGUCUAUUAUUGUAGUGAUCCUCCAAAUAGCCUGGGUGAUGCUGGCUUGGAAAUUCUCACUUUAUAACCAUUCUUAUUCCCAAAAUGGGAGCCCAUAAACAUUUAGAUGUCUCCCUAUCAAAUAUUCUUGACCUUUACCAAAACUCUAGUUAAUCAUAUAUUCAACUUGGGCUGUAUAUCUCCCUGUUUUUGUUUACGAGAAGAAAUGCAGGAGCCCCAUGCCCCUGGGUUUCUCUUUUGGAAGGUACUAUCA